AUGCUUUGUUCCAUUGAAGAGGCUGACAAGCCUGCCAAGAGGGGUAAGAAGCCUGAAACACAGAAAGAGGGACCGGUCACAAAACCAAACAAGGGGCAGACCCCCAAGAAGCGAAAAACUGAUAAAGCUGCUACUUCCCAACCUCAACCCAAAAAGCGGAAAAAGCCCGAUAGGAGACUUAUUCUUCAAUCCUCCAGUAAUUCGGAUUCAGAAUAUGUUCCUCCUACGCAGAAGAACGCACUUCCUUUAGAAUCUGAGACCGAAAGCUCUGACGAAAAGGCUUCGGGCCGAGGUGAUACUCCACCUCGCUCCCAUACUCCAGAAAUUCCGGUUAGUUCUUUUCCUCCUUCACCUCCACCUGUUACGAUUCCAGUUUCUAUCCCUCCUAUCUCUCGAAUAACCACCUCUCAACCCUUCACUUCAAUUCCCAUUCCCACUCCUAUUUUCACAGAUACAACCACUACCACUACCACCACUAAACCAAACUUUACUGUUCCCAAUCCACCUGUAACCGAACCUCCUGGUGAGGAUGAUGACGAUGAGCCUAUCACCAAACGUCAUCUCAAGUCAGUAUACGACAAGCUUGAUCAACUGCUUUCAUCCUCUGGAGCUUAUUCACAUGCUGCAUUAAAAGCCUUGUUCUCUUCGGUCGUUGCCAAGCAUAGUGCCUCUUUAUCUGCUGCAACCAAGGCUAUUGAACCCUCCACUUCCCAAUGUCAACAGGCUUCUCUUGCUGUUGAUGCCUCUACUAAGGAGUGCAAGGAAGCGACUGCAAAAGUUGAUAAACUAGUUUCACAAGCUCACUUGUCUCUAGAUUCCUUGUAG